AAAAACAAUUGCUUUGGCACUCCACGACGCGACGUCGCAGCGGCGGAAACGUUGGCGAGGCGGCGGUCGGGCCACGCAUCAAGGGUCGCACCGGGUCCGGCAGCUUGAUCGAUCGAUGGUCGCUCGCACCGCGCUCCUGGCAAUAUGCUGCUGGGCAGCCCCCACAGCCGCCACCAACCGGCGCUGGACGGGCUUUCUUGGAGACGCCGAGCUGCGCCAGCGCAUCCUGGGGCCCGACGGUUUUUAUGGAUCGAACCUCUGGGACCAGAAAGGAUGCCUCGGCGCCGCCGCGACGUCGAACCACCAGGUCUUCCUGCCCGAGACUCGUAAAAAUGGCACCGUCGCCGUGCCGUCGCGAGCGAGGGACGUCGACUGCUACGUUCGAACGCGGUGGCGCAGCUUCGCGGCGAAUCCUGUGAGUGCAGAGUCGAAAGGUAAAAAAGUAGGCGUCACGAUCAACGGGGAGUUGCAAAGGGUCGACCCGAACACGACCAUCAGUGAAAGAGUGAUAAAACCAUACGCCAAGCAUUUUGACGUGUAUGUGUUCUUGACCAUCCAAGGCCCUAGACCAAAACAUACCUCGAAUUGGCACGUCCACCGUUUCAAUGGGUUGCCCUCCUACGACGAAAACCAAGAGAGAAAGGUGGUGGAGGACCUCGUCGAUCGCUUCCUUGGAGCGGGUGCUCGAGGCGUCGAGGUCCACCUCUACGAUCUUGUGAGGCGGCCGCCGCACAUGCCGUCCAAAUGGUCCGGCGCGAACCCGGGCAAAUCGGUGGUCGAGCGCUUCCAGCUCGUGUGGCCGUCGUUCGCGUUGCACAUGCUCGUGCAUUCCUUGGUCUGGAGCGACGUGGUGAAGUGGGAAACCAGACAUGGGAAGCUCGAUCACAUCGUCAAGAUGCGGGCCGACGCGGGCUGGCUCGGCGACGCGCCCGUCGUGGGUGUCGAUGUUGAUGAUUCGGUAGCAUUGGUCAAGGCCUGCGCGUCGUGGGGCGGCCUCAACGAUAAGAUGGUCCUGCUGCCGCGACGGUACGCCGAGAAAUGGAUGGACCUGCUCACGGCGUAUUAUGACGACCAGACGUGGCAAUUGCAUAAAUGUGAUCAGGCUAGGACGCAGCGGAAGCUUGGGUACAAGAAUAGUGAAGAAUUUCAAUUGUGUGUCGCGAGGUUGCACCACAUCCCCUACAAGGAGCUAGGGCACGAACUGCCGGUCUACGACUACUACUGGUGGUUGCGAGAUGAGAAGGGGCGGAAGGGCUGCUUUCCGCGCAACUACGCCGUCGUGCCGCGGCACACGAUCAUGGACGGCGAGCGCUACUGCUGGAACGUCGGCCAGCGGUCGGACAUGAAGUGUCCGUCGAAUACUGGUGUGUGCGAGCAACUCAAGGCGCGGCUGUGCCCCAAGUUCUAGCCGUAUGUUUGUCAUAAGUUAA